AAAUCCACAAGGCAGACAGAACUCACAGCAGUCACCACUACAGAGACCAAGAGGGAAGUUUCACUGACCCACAGCAGAAAACUAGACCACAGUCAUUCCACCGACUCAGCGUGAUGCUGGACAAAGAGGGUCAGUGGUCUGAGGCAUUGGCCAGCAAUAACAUGAAAGCCAUCAUCUGCUGGUUGAGGAAGCUUACAGCUGAAGGUUAUACUGAUGUGGGGGAAAUCACACCAACAUUUAGCUGCUGGGUACAGCGGACAGCAGAGUUUGCUAAAAAGGAGUUAUUAACCUUAUGCUUCAGCUGUUGCCAGGGUCUGUGGAUGUUCCUGGACCGCGGCUCCUUCACUAGAGUGCACACGUUACUCCAAAAAUUAAGGAACCUGCUUACAUUGGCCCAGUGGGGAAGAAAACAUCUCUGCUCAGCCCACCUCUGGCAUGGAGUGGGAGUCCCAUGUGUGGUCUGCAAGGACACAUACAGCUCCUCAGACAUCCGACAUGGCUGCUGGAACAGAGAGCAGAGGAUGCUGAUGCAACACAUCUGGCUGGGACAGCUGGUUCAGUGGUGGGGCAUCAUGGGGCUUCUGCCAAAGUUUCCUGAGACCCAAGAAGUGAAGCGUAUCACUCAGAUGUGGAAGGAAAUGGAUCACAGCCACCGAAAAGCCGGUCUUGAAACACAGGGACGGGAGGAGGGAGAAAUGGGAAGAUUCAAGUCUUUGAUACAGAGCAUGGUGACACAGCUAUGCGAACAACACGGGUGCAUUUGGAUGUCUGGAGAUUGCACAGAUCCACGUUAUCCUCCCCCUAAUCUGCAGGCGCUGUUGAAGCUCGUGCUGAUCCCUCAUAUUGACAACAUGUCAGUCCAGGCCAUUCUCAUGUACUUCAUCCUGGAUGUGGCAAAUUUCCUACAGUGCAAAGAUGACCUCCUUCAGGCUUUUUGUCAUGCGUUCACAAUUCCAUCCACCUUUUCCCAACAAAUCAGAGCCUUCUGGAUGCUUGAUCAUGGACACACCGAGGCCUCCAUGGAGCUGUUACUGAGCCCAAAGGCCUCUGUUCCUGCCCUCUCCUGGCAGCAUCGUUGCAUCAUCCAUUGUCUCCUGACAAGGAAACAGCCUCAAGAGGCAUUACGGUACCUCCAGUGGGCCAGGCCUGCAGUAGAGACCACUGAUGAUGCCAAGCUGUUUGCAGAUGUACUUAUUCAAAGCAGUUGUAACUCUGAUGCUUGGGCUCUGUUGAAGAGAGGCCACACAGAGACUGAAGAUAUGAGCAAAUACUUCCUCCAGACUUGUAAAGGAGUUGGCCUGUGCACAGAGGCUUUAAAGUACAUUCUUGUUGAAAACAAUAAUGAAGAAGAUGGAGCUGAGACCACAGAGACGACACAGAUGAAGAAAGAAAUGCCACCAUGUCCGCUGUCUGCCAAGCUCUACCGGGCUCAGAAAGUUGGCAAAGUCUCAACAGAUGAGCAGGUGAAAUUGGUCAGAAAGGCUGUGAAGGAAGUGAGGAAACCAGAUUCCAAGUUGAGGGAGGUAGUGUGGCCAGAGCACACAGAGAGAAAGCCCAACAGCAAGCAAAUGCUUCUGCCCACCGAGGCUCUGCGUCUACUCACAUGCAGCUCUUCGCCAGUGCACAUGGCAAUAGAAACACAGCAAACAGCACAUACAGCCGACCCAGAAGAAGAACAUCCUGUCAUUUACAAUCAGCAGCAGCAGCUGGAGACUCAAGAGAACAUUUUUUCUUCUGAGGAGGAUCUAAGAUCCUUGUCUGCCUCAUCCUCUACCUCAGCUUCACCCUUGCCUCUUAAGAAGUGGGACCCGCUUCACACAUAUAAAAGCACUCUGACCCUGCAGAUGAUUUCCUCUCUGCUGACGGAUAGAAGUAGCCAAAGCAGGGGACAAGAAGAAGAACACAGACCCCACUCAUCAGCUGGUGUUUUCCUAAAUAUCCCUGAGCUGGUGCUGACACCAGAUGGCGCUACAGAGCCUGUUUCCUUCAGCAGCUUGAACAAAGACAGCAUGGUAGAGCUGAUGCUUUCUGCAGAUGUGGGAGAAGGUGAUGAAGCAGAUGUUUUUCUGGAAGAAGAUACUAUCGGGGUUGACGGGCUUUCAAGACCUUCCACAUAUGAAAGCCUUCUUUCAGACACAAGUUUCACUGAGGUAGCCCCAACUCACUGCGUCCAGAAAAAGAAACCUCAUCAGCAAGACCAACCACAGGGAUGCUCCAGCCAACACCUCCCAUGUACCUCAGCUGAAACAACCCACGACAUGCUGACAGAUCUUCAUCAGAGCUUUGUUUUGAAUUGGUCUAUACCCAGGGGCUCGCCAGGGAUGGGUCAGCCUUAUUCCUGUGGACUCGUCAAUUUUUUGGACUUCACUGCAAAGCAAAAAGGAGAAAACAGAGAUGGAAAUCAGGCGGAGAAAGAUGAGCCCGCAGGUUGGAGCAGUUCGGGGAAGGUUUCCCAAGGAGCCAUAAGGAGUGGCAGAGCAGGAUCGAGAAAAGGCAAACGAGUGAAGAGGGCAUGAUCAUCUGCAAGACAAAGAACAGCCUCUAAUGUGAUGCAUUUUAAAUAUAUUUAAAUUAAAAUCUAAAGGGAAAAAAAUCACUCCAAUGUUAAAGUUUACCACAAAGAGUGUUAACCUCCACCAGAUUCAUCCUCCAAUCACCUGGUCAGAUACUUUUGACAGCCUUUGUUCCCGCCCAGUGGUACUGUCCCACCUCACCCUUAAUCUUCUGCUGUAAUGUCUCGUGUCAGCAAUACUCAGUAAAUGAUGAGACAUGAAUUCUUAAAUAUUGCUAUGAACUAAGACUCGAGUAAAGAGUAGUAAGUCUGA